AUGACUCGUCAUAGCAAGAACAAUACUUCGAAUCCCAUCUUCACGUAUCAUGAGCGUCAGAAUGUUCGUGAUUUCAAUCCGCUUCGUCAACGCCUUGGAGCAGAUUCCAUGCGUAAAUGUGAACAAUGUUGGUUAUGUCUGUCUACUGCCGUGAAGCCCGUUUGCACUCCUGCUGGUUAUGUGUUUUGCAAGGAAUGCAUCCUGAAGUGCUGUGCACGUCAACUUGACGAGCAGAAGAAAGAGAUCGAGCAGUGGAAAUGUCACUUAGCUGAUAGUGAGUUACGUAAAGCUGAAGAGCGUGAGUUAUCACGUGAAUGUAAGAAACGUCAUUUGAUUGAAAAUGGUGUCUUUGGGAUAAGUUCUGUUCGGGGUAGCAAGUCGAGGGCAGUGGAUUUAUCUACUGAUAGUUGUAGUAGUAUUUCUGCACUCUCAGACAGUAACUUUUGGGUAGCUGGUGCCCCGGAAAGGCGCCCUGGUGACAAAAGUGUUGAUAAAGCGUCAUCGCAUUGUUCCAGGCCCAAAAAAGGCUUGAAGUGCCCUAUCUCUGGUAAGCCGCUGAGAGUCAAGGAUCUGGUGGACAUAAACCCAGAUAUUGAUAGAGAUUCUGAAAACGGUGUUUCAUGGCUGUGUUCAGUUUCACAUCAGCCUAUUUUGCACCACAAUGUACUACUUGACCGCACUACUGGGAAGCUGAUACUUCGUCGUUACGUGCAAGUGUACGACCCUGGUGUGGAUGGUCAAUUUAUAGCCUUAAUACCUGGUGGAACAGGUUUUGCUGCACAUAACGGUGUGCUAGCUAAUAAAUAUAGGCCAUCUAUGUUGUAA